UUACGCACCCGAGGUUCGUUUCGUUCAAUCCACUGCGCGGUUCUCCGUCGAAUCUCCGAGAUAAUGCGAGAUUCUUUACUCUCAAACACGUGAACAAGUCGAUCUGCAAUUGGAGGAGGCAGCUUUUGAUGGGCUGAGAAGAAUGAAUGUACAAGCUCUCUGCAACGUGUGUGAGAACACAUUCAAUAGUACCACUCACAAGCCUCUAGUCUUGCAGUGUGGUCAUACUUAUUGCCUAGCCUGUCUUAAAGACAUCGAGACUUCGGGCAAGAAACUAUGUCCGUCAUGCAGAGAAGAGUGGCGGGGCAACUCGAAUAAGCUACCAAUUUGCUACAUGCUGAUACCUGGUGCAAACAUGGCACCUAAAGCUGCUGGUGAUGCAACUGGCAAUAAAGUUGACUAUAACAUGUGCUUGUUGCACUCGUGCACCAUAGAACACUGGUGCUGCCACUGUCAAGUUGCCACCUGCAAAAAGUGCAUUUCUGAGAUGCAUUAUGCUCAUGGACAGGUUGCUUUUGAAAAUGUUGUUGGUCAAGAAAUUGACAUAGAACAAAUAAAGCAAUCAUUAAAUGGAAAUCUUGGGAACAAGUUUAAAGAAGGCCUGAAAAAUUCAAUCAGCCUAUGCAAUGAAGGACUGGCAUUGAUGGAGUCAAUGAAAGAGAUUGAGACUAAGCUAUUGUCAUGGAAGAAACAUCUCCUGGCUCAAGAAAAGAAUUUGUCAGCUUGUAUGGAGGAUUUAGAAAACACAAGCGAAGCAGCAUUGAAAGCAAAGUUUGAUGCCUUCUUGAAAACAAUGUCAUGGUGUGAUGUGGUUAAAGAAAUUCUUUUAUCAGAAUUCCAAUUACCUGCACUGAAAGUAGAUGACUUUGGUGGAGGACUUCAGUCACUAAAUGAAGAUCUGGAAGCUGAGAAGCGACACCUGCUGCCAAAAGAGUUACCAGCAUUGGCAAAAAAUGUUUCCAUUAAUGGAGAAAGAAUGAGCAAGAAAAUUUUGCAAGUACGGCCAAUUAUUCCAGUGGGUGACAAGGCCACAGUCACAGUGGUAUCCUCUGUGGAGGACCCCAUCACUAGCCUGCAGGAUCUUCUCUUAUACCUGAUGAAUGGUCGCACUGUUAUACACCUGCGGUUGUUGGAUUCUUUUUUCAAUGGGAACAGCAGCAGUGCAGAUGAUUUCAUCAGACUGCAACUUUUCUUGCACAAAAAAUUUGGGGCACACCUAGCAUCGUUCUAUGGUCACCUUGUAUACUCCACUUGGGCAAAGAUUGAUGUUGGAUUGCCCCAACUUGGGCUGCACCUCCAGUCUGGAGCUGACGUGGCUGAUGUCAACAAGAUCCUGAAUGACAACUUUGAUGUAAAGAACGUUAAGCCCGCUCCCGGCGAACACUCGAGUAGCAAUGGAGCCUCGGCUCUGAUGACCGGAGAGCCGUUCAUAGCAGAUAUUGCCAUCAACAAAAGCAUCAAUGAGAACGAUAUCGUGGCGCGCCUGGAGCUGAAGACUAACAGGCUGUACCGACUGCACUUGGUGAAACUGGAAGAUGGAGACUGGGACAGAUGCAGCGGCGUGGUCAGACGUUUGCUCUCAUGCACUCUCAAUGGCAAGCUGGACCACGAACUUUGGAUCCACGAUUGCAGUGGCUUAUCAGCAGGCGUCAUGGCGCAAGUUGCGAAUUAUUUGUACAAUAACACGAGUAUUGGCACACUGAGAAUGAAUAAUCAUUCAAUGGAGGAAGCCCAGCAACAUGAGGUGGCUGCACAAUGCUCUCAAUGGCACACCACCAUACAUUUCAGCAUUCCGUCUUUUUAAAGUUUUCUGUCAACCGCUGGGAAACCUGAAUGUUAAGUAAGGACGUACGUAAGUUUUCUACCGCUAUGUUUACAUUAAGAUCGUUUUUUCAUCUACUCCUAUUUUUGAUGGAGAUUUUUUAUUAAAGUGAUAAAUUUAGUUAAAGCUUAAUGUUUAAUAUUUCGUUGGUAAACAAUAUUUCAUACAUGCCUACUAGCAGGAUUUCAAACUCUAGCAGGUGAGACUUGUAGCUGAAAUUUCGUUUUUAGCAAUCUUUAGUGUUGUUAAAUUGACUUAUGUGCGGUAUCAACAUUUCGAUAUGCGAAGCAGCCUGAAAAAAUUUUUUUUCAACUGUGAAUUUCGGUGGAUACGUUCACCUGUCUCAAACAUUUGAUCAGAACACGCUUUUUUACUGUCAAGCGUUCUGCUGCGAAUUAGAAUGUAAGUUUGAUCAACUGGAUGGUUUAAGUUUGUUUCUAAGUAAAGGCAUUAGCUCCUAGAAUCUUAAAAAUCAACCGCUAAAUAUUUUUUUGUGAAUGAAAUGGAUAUUAUGGUGCCAAUAAUUA